AUGCGCCCGCUCUCACGAGGGAGCCGUACGUGGCUCCGCCGCGGUAUGAAUGUGGCUGCUGUGGCGACUGGGCUUAUUGGCGGUAUCUAUUUGCUAGCUCAGUUUACUCUGUCGAAAUUCAACGAUAUGCAGGAGCGCCUUCUGCGCGAUCGCGUCGCCCGCGAAAACUUGCGUCGUCGAUUCCUGCAAAACCAGGAGGACUGCUCUUUUACGAUCAUGGCAUUGCUUCCGACCUUGUCGACCCAAAUUUUCGAGGCGAUGGACGUCGAGUCAAUUAGCCAGGAACUCCUAGCGCAGAACAAAAAACCGGCUUCGGAGGUCGUCGCCGAGACGCCGGCGCCUGCCGCUGAAGCAUCGGAUGCGACGCCGACGCCUGGCACUGCUGACGCGGCUCCUCCUGCUGACGAUGGCGCCGUUCCCUCCACGACGGCCGAGGCAACUACGCCCACGUCGGGCCGCUCGACGCCACGUCCCCAGAGCUUGGACUUGGUAUCUGAGCAGCCCCCAGAGCCGAUCUCCGCCACGGCCAAGCUGCCUACCGCCUCGAAUGUGGUCUCGGAGGAAGAGCGCCGAGCCAACAAACUGCGCCUGUGGAACCAGAUCAAACAUGUAUCCUUUGAACGAACCUUCACAACGCUCUAUACUCUCGUAUUCCUCUCUUUGCAAACGUAUAUCCAACUCAACCUGCUAGGUCGCCGGGCGUACCUGGCCGCCCUGGAAAACCAGUCGAAGCACGAUGCGGUCAUGUCGUCGCAGGAUGAUGGCAUGCCGCUUGAGCCCCACCACAUCACGCUGCAUGGCGACGGCCUCGAUGACGCCAUAGCGCCGGACAGUGAUGCCGACUCAGCGGAGGGACGGCUCUCGCAGGACACGGAGCGAAAGUACCUGACCUCCAGCUACUGGUUCCUGCACCGCGGCUGGCAAACGGUCGCGACGGAUGUGCGACGCGCGGUGCAUGAAGAGCUGGGCGAUAUGCCGCUCAAAACUGUGCUUACCUACCAGCAUGUCGAGGCGCUUGUCGAGCGAAUUCGUGCGCGACUGGAGCACGAGCCUACGGGAGGACGUGUCUCGACAUGGGACGGCGUCGAUGGGUUCCGCAACAUUUUGCUGCCCGAGUCCGAGUCGGAUAGCAUCGAGAUGCUGCAGCAGGCCGGCGCGUUGUCUGACGACACAGGGCCCUUUGAGGCGAUUACGCCGCAGCUGCGUGCGCUGUUGGACGAGACGAAGGACUACAUUGAUUCCCCUGACUUUGCUUUUGUGUUCCGCGCCUCGUGUGAUCGCGUGUUCAAGCGAUUCGUGCGUAGUCUUGCGCCAUCGUUUGGCGUGCGCGACAAGGGCCCGAAGCGCGCGGAAAAGUCGCUGUUGCUCGCCAAGGUGCUUCCCUUGGUCUCGCAGCAAGCGCAGGUCGCACUGACUUCGUCGCCCAACAACUAUGUGGAGUCGAUUGUAGAAGGCCACGAGCUUCGGGCGCUCAGCGUGCUCAUUUAUGCGGCAUGGGACGACGAGCUCGACAUGUAG